UCUUUCCCCUAUCACCCUAAACCUAUGCAUAUAAACAUAUCUCCGAACCUUAUUUACUUCAUCUGUUGUUCUCAAUGUGAACUCCUCUAUAUCGGAGAGACUGAGUGCAAACUCAUGGAACGAUUCAGGGAAUAUCGCUGGUCCAUACGCAUCAACCAACCCCACCUUCCUGUAGCCAUCCAUUUCAAUUCUCCCUCCCACUCCCCCACGAUAUGGGCCUUCUCUACACACCUAAACAAGGUCACCCACAAACUGGAGGAGGUAAUCUCAUCUUUUGAUUAGGAGCCUACAACCACACCGCCUCAAUAUUUUGAAUUCAGCAGUUUCCAAAUCUCCUCUCCCUGGACCCCAUCCCAUUGAAGCAUUUACUCGGACUUGGUUCUGCCCUCUUGACCGGACCUACCUAUCCUCUCCAAACUUCCCACCGACCUACAACAAUCACCUCCCACUUUAGCUCACUUUUCGCCAUCACAACUACCUUUCCCCUAGCCACCAUCCGCCUCCCCACACGUGAUGAAGGGUUAAGUCCCAAACGUCGAUUCGCUUGCUCCUCAGAUGCUGCCUGGCCUACUGUGCUUUUUCCAGUGCCACAGUUUAUUGACUCUGUAUAUUUCCCUGCACAGACCCGAUGGGCCUCUUUUGUAUGAUUCCAAAGUGGGCACGUACUAUAUGCCGACUACUAUAAUGGAUUGAUAUCAAGGAUAGUAAAGAGAUGAUAGUUAUGUGAGGCGUCGGCGCUGACUUAAUUUGCUCCUUUACCACCUUCAUUGCAACAACAUCAAGUAUAAUAUGUACUCGCGUCCCAAUAAAGUAUUUUAUGACGGCUCAAGACGAAUUAUUGUACAGCUUCUCAGGAAUUUUGACAAUUGGUGAAAUGACCUUUCAUAAAUUGCAUUUUGGAACAAAGUAUAUUUUCAAAUCGCUGUUUCGUAACUGUUUAUUGAUCUACCAACAGUAAUGUGGAUUUACCCCUUUUUUUACACUAGUUUUCUCUCUCCGCCAAGUAAAUGCUUCAACAUUUUGCUGGAAUACACGUACACAGGACGCAGUCCCAAGUAGCCAUUAAAUCCGGACACAGUAAGCAGACUGCUGCGCCAUAAAGGACAUCACAGCGGAAUCUUAUUUUGACCUUUCUGAUGUACUUUAGUACAAUAUGCAUGGGGAAACCUUGGCUAAUUCUCUUUCAGGCUCUGUCUACGUAUUUGCAAAUUCUCCCAGUCCAAAGACUGGGAUCAAUUAAUAAAGCCAGACACAGGACUGAAGAAUCAUUGCAUUCGGAAUGUUAACUCUUUUCUCUCUACAGAUACUGCCAGACCUGCUAAGUUUCUCCAGCAAUUUUUGUUUUUAUUUAAGAUAUAGAACCCCUGCGGUUUUGCGAAAUAGUACCACUAGAACAGGCAUAAGAUUCGUUCGAUACCGUCAAUGGACGCAGAAACACAAAUGUGGAAUAAUACUGUGUUCGGCUUGAUUAGAACCCGGAACAAUAUUCGUGGUGUUCAAAGCGCGGGGGAUUGUGUUCGGCGCCGCACAGGCACCUGGUGGAAGUGAGUGUGGAGAGAACAGUUAACGAUUCCCGCCAAAUAGCGGGAGGUUCGUGGUUCUGGGAGAAAGACAAACGGGAGUAAAUGGCGGACGAUCUGGAGGGUCCGCGCACGAGGAUUAACACGAGCUUGGUCUCGCGGUUUACCGGGAGAGCCGUUUGCUUCGUGGGCAGAGUUCAGAAGGUUCACCCCUCUGGGACUUCCUUUGUUCUGUCAGAUGGUGAUGGGAAGAAUGUAACAGUAGAAAUGACUGAUCCACUUGAUGAGGAGUUGAGUGGAGUCAUUGAAGUGGUUGGAAAGAUCACACCAAAAGCCACCAUCAAGGCUGCAUAUUAUGCUCCUUUCCGAGAGGACAAAAGCAGUUUUGAUCUCCAUCUUUACAAUGAAGCGCUGAACAUCAUACAUGAAUUUCCACAGUACUAUCCCUUUAGUGUUACAGCAAGUGGUUGAUUUCCUCUUUUUUUAAAUGAGAAGAUAUGAUUUGGAAGACAAGAUCUCAACUAACAGAAGAUCUGAUAAUUUAUCAUUUUACUCUAUACAAGUAUCAAUAUAGUAAUCAGUUUCUGGAAGUUGUUUACUUUGAAAUGAAAGAUAAAAAGUGUUUGUAGCCAUUUAUUGAAAAUUUGUUUUGCAAUAUUCCAAGACGUAUUUGUGGAAAGAUAAUUUUACAUGGAUACUUAAGGUCGAGAGAGAUUGGCACUUUGGAAAUUUGUUUUUUUUCUAUAUGUGGAGCUGACAAAUCAUAGUACUUCACCUGCAAGAACAAGUAAAAUGUAAACAUUAAGAUUCAAAGGAUUGCAGUGUAAAAUAUACUGGCUUACUAAUUUGUUUUAAAAUUGGACUUUAACAGACCAAACAUUUCAUUGGUGACAUUUAGGUUAAAACACUUUGACCAGAUUACUGUCAAUGAAUGUACUCAAGUUUGUUUGAAUUUCAGUAAAGACUAACUUUUUUUGUA